UCCUACCCUGUGUGGUGAACAGGACUGAACCCCCACUAGGGUGGUCAACCUCUAGGUUACCUUGGUCUGACCCCAGCAUUACCCAGCCACUUGCUUUCUGCUCCACUGCCAGUGAAAAACAAUGACUUCUCAAGAGGAGGAAGCAUCGUUCAGCAGGUUCUUCCAGUAUGUGGAGGACAGUGGACUCAGGGCCUAUGACGGACUGGUCAUCCAGAAUGCCUCUGACAUCGCCCGUGAGAGCGACCGCGUCCGGAAAGAGACCAACUGGGCCUACCUUCAGGAGAAACACGAUAAGAAGAGAAGACAGGAAGAAGCCAUUAAGAGGAUCGGUGAGGAUGUGGCGAGGGCGACGGAGGGAAGCUACGCAGGGAAACACUUCCGCAUGGGCUUCAUGACCAUGCCGGCGCCCCAGGACCGCCUUCCCUCCUCCUGUGGCCAGGGCUUCACUGUGCGUUCCCAGUCUCUACACUCCGUUGGUGGGGGUGACGAGGAUGGGAGCCCCAACUCCCGUAAGCAACCGCCGCCCAAACCCAAGAGAGACCCCAACACCAAGCUCAGCAUCUCCUCUGAGGGUGUGAACUCUGGAUCUGCCUCCAGCAAUUGCAACAGCGACAGCCUGGUCAAGUUUGACCGGUCCAAGUCGCGACCGUUCAGUGAGGAGUACAAGCGGAUCCCUCCUCCCAAGCCAAAGAGGAACCCUAACACGCAGCUGAGUACCUCCUUUGAUGAGUCCUACAUCCAGAAUCAUGGCAACAGGAAGGAAGGAAGGAGGGAAAAGUCCUCAUCGCAGAGCCAGAGCCCGAGCCCAGCCCCAGACACGGAGGAUGAGGACGAGCCUGUCUACAUCGAGAUGGUGGGUAACAUUCAUAGGGACCUGAAGCAACGCCUCCUGGAGGACGAGGACCAGAGUGAAUCGGUCUAUGAGGAAAUGAAAUACCCCAUGUUCGACGACAUGCUCCAGGACGCUAAGUGGGAACAGGACAUGGAGCAGGGUCGUUCCUCCUCCUCCCACACCACCCCCCGGGGGUCCCUCUGUGACAUCCCCGCCCCCUUCCCCAACUUGCUCACCCACCGGCCGCCCUUGCUGGUCUUUCCGCCAGCGCCUGCCCAGUGCUCGCCUAACUCGGAUGAGUCACCCCUCACACCGCUGGACGUCACAAAGCUGCCCAUGCUGGAGAAUGUUGCCACUGGGUACACCAACAAGCCCGGGGGGGGUGCCUCACCCACGACCUCUGAGGCUCCUCCCCCCUCCUCCUCCCCCCACCACCGCAAGGGGGAGAGAGAGAGAGACAGGAAACGAGAACGGGAGAAGGAUAGAGAGCGGGUAGAGCGGGAUCACCAAUUCACCCACACUAUCACUGCGUCUGGUCGCUCCUCUGCCCCUCCCAUGCCCUCCACUCUCUACAAGGCAUCGGCGUCGGCCCAUGGGUAUCCCAGAAGCCAUUCCGCAUGUCCCUCACCUGUAAGCAUGGGCCGCUCGAUCACACCGCUCAGCCUCAAGCGCCCACCACCUUAUGACGCCCUGAAGCUAGGCGGCAGCAUGCCUCGAUCCACCUCCGUUGCGCAUGCCGCCAAGAGCUCGGUUGGUAAGGAAGGGGGAGGCAAACUGAGUAACUCUUCUUCGGCCCACAGCUCCAUGCAGAAUGUGUCGCGUUCCCGCACCCCUACAAGCCCUCUGGAUGAACUCACCAACCUGUUUACCGGUGGACGGAAUAUGCUAAAGAAGGGAUCGGGAGGGAGGAAGGUCAAGGAGUCCACUGAAUGUGAGGCCAAGACCAGGAGCCACAGUACAGAACCUCUAUCCAGGCACGAGAGCAAAGCUCACCACGGAGGCAGCCAGGAGUCUCCCAAAUCCCAGGAGUGGGAUGGGCCCUCCGGACAUUCAUCCAACCCCACUGCCAUGCCCAGCCGCCUGGGACGCUCUUCUGUCAGCCCCACCAUGAUGCUGGGGAGUGGGGUCACAGAAUCCAAAGCGGUGUGCAAACUGGGCCGGUCAGCCUCUACAUCGGGGGUUCCUUCCCCGUGCGGUACUCCCCAGCACCAGCCCUUCGAGCCCCAGCCAGGCUAUAGUCAGAUGAUCCCUCCCAUGCUGUGGGCUUGCGGAGACAACACCAUGAUGGAGAUGAUUGAGAAGAAGCGCAGCCUGUGUCGGGAGAUCAAGGCCCGCCGAGGGCCAGCAGACAACAACCUGUGUAAGCAGGACAGCAUGCCCAUCUUGCACAGCUGGAGGAAGAGCAGCAAUGGGACCAAGAAGUAUGGCGGCCCUCCCCCUUACUCCACACAGACCACCGUCUUCUGGGACACGGCUAUCUGACAGGAGUGAUCCACCCUGUCCUGGGCCUUGUCACGGGCCUUGUUCAAAUGGAAGAACCAGGACUUGACCAGUAUGUCCAAGACUACCUGGACUUGACUAGUGAGAAACACAUUUUGUUUUCCGUUGCAAAACAUUUUAAAACGUUUCUGUUGCGUGCCCUAAUGAACACAACCCUGUCCUCAGACUCCUCCCCCUUCCUUUCACAAGCCAGAUAUGGGCAUUGAGCUGGUGACCAAUCAGAACACAGGGAGACAAGAGUUCCCCCCCACCUCUCUGUUGUAGCAAUUCAAAUAUCUGGUAUAUCUCCCUGGUUUCGUAUUGCUAAUUUAUAUUUUAAAAAUUGUACCUCAGUAAUUGUCUUAAUAUUGAAUAUGCUUAGUACAAUUAUAUAUUUUCUAAAGAUGAAAAAAUAUAAAAUAAUUAGCAAAUUUUAGUCUACUGUUGUUAAAUGGUUUUUCAAACCUUGUCUUGGAUAUUUAUGUUGCAACGACACUUGUCUGUGCGUUGGAGAAAAUAAUAUGUUGCCAAUACGUUGAGGCAAUUCAGUAAGAACACCAUGUUUUUUUAUACAAAAAAAUCUAAAGGAUAAAUGUUCUUAUUACUAUGAAAAAAGCACUAAUUUUAAAUGGAAUAUAUUUUGGCAUCUUGAAUUUAGAUGUUGUUGUAUUGGAAUGCUGUGGUGAACCAUUUGAAUGAUCCACAAUGUAGGUAUGGCUUGCUCCACUGCCCUAACAAUCACUAUGACCAUGUCCCAAUACUUAGGGCAAAUCAGCCAUAUCAUAUAGGGCCAGGACCUAAAGUAAUGUGGUAGCACAAAUCCUAUCAAAUCAGUGGUCACACAAAGAGACAAGGGUAACAAUUCACUUGACACCCAGCGUCAUAACACGUUAUGACACGGUCUUAACAUGUCACAUGUCAUAACAACUGACGUAACGUGUCAUAACCUGCUAUAAUAUAGUCAUAACACUGUCAUGACCCAUACAUUUACAAAUGUGACAUUUAUUGCAUUCUUUUAUGGCUGGUUAGGACACCUACAUAAGUGUCAAACCCACAAAACCCACCGCACAAGGCAAAACAUUCCAUUACACCAUAGCCUACCUGUCAACAGUAUAUUGAUGUUAUAUAACAUUUUCUGAAAUUGAACAUAUUCAAUUAUUAUUGUAAUUGCGCACAAAUUAAUGUCAUACAUGCACCUACCCCAAUGCUCUGUUGCUGAUGACUGGGAUGAAUGCAGGAGAAGAUUUCAGGAGCAGGACAAGACAACUUCUUUAUGACUGAUUACUGACAUAAGGGCAUGUAUGGCUUAUAUGAUUAUGAUGGUCAUAAUACCUCUUGCCAGUGUCAUAAAGUUUAUUUUCUUAAAUCCAAGUACAGUGACACAGGAAGGUCAUAAUGCUUCAUGACAGUGUCAUAAAGUGUAUUUUCUGCAAGUGAUGUAAAAUAUGAUGAAAAACAACAUGACUGGAGAUAAUGAAUUACGACAACAACAAAGCGCUUAAGAAACAAUCUUUCAAAUGAAAGGAACCUUCUUGGCUGGGAUUUUUUUUUUAAAUAAAUGUGGGUUUUGACAGUCUUAUGCAGGUGUCAUUACCAGUCAUAAAAUAAUGCAAUAUAUGUCACAUUUGUAAAUAUAUGGGUAAUGACAGUAUUAUGACCAUAUUAUGACAGGUUAUGACAAGUUAUGUCAGCUAUUAUGGCAUAUUAUGACAUGGUCAUGACCGUGUCAUAAAGUGUUAUGAAGCUGCGUGUCAAGUAAAGUGUUACCGAGACAAGAAUAUAGGAGACAAGGAGAUAGGAGGGAAGGAUGCCAUUUAUUAAGAGUGUUGGGACAAGAUGGUUUGUACAGUACCCAACAAGUGCUUCAUAAUCUUUUCACACGACUGAGCCCAGCCAAACUUCACUGCCCUGGCCUGCCCUGGUUACACAUCAACCGUAGUUGCUGGAGCCGUGCUGGAAAGAACAAUGUGAAAACAAAAUGUUGACGCUAGCAACUACGGUUCGGGUCUACACAAAAGUGUUAAAAAAGUAUAAGAGAUUAUAAGAGAGUCGGUGACCCACAUCACCGUGCCAGAAUAGUGACUGACCGGGCAGUGGAAGACUCGGCCAUAGGGAUGGAGAUACUGUCAUGGUGUAUUUAAUGAAGGCAGUUAAGAUUAUCUACCUUUUCAGACAGGAACUAAGCUUGAAUUAAAAUUAUGUCAUGUCUUAUCUGAGUCUGGGGGUAUUUCUCUGGCCUCCAAAUGAAAACAAUGAUAGUGAGUUUGAACUUUCCCACUGAUUAACCGAAGUUCUACACAUGUUAUAUCUUUCCAAAUCGAGUCGUAUCAAAAUAAUGUGAGGAGACAUGAUUAUUGUUUAUAAAUGACCACACAUACCAUAACAUAUACACACACACAUCAGGAGCCUAUUCGGGAGGAUGUAGCCUCCGGAGCUAAGGCGUCUCACAUUCUGUUUGAAAGCCUGGGGAAGUUCUCAUCCGAAAAGGUGAUCAAAAGUGGUGGAUCACGGCAGAGUCUCGUGACACAUUUCCACUUCUCAAACAAAUCGAGUAUUUUACAUGGUUGGAGCUCCAAAAGAGCUGAUGUUUCUGAAAAAUUUUCUGACUUGCAACAAGCGAGCUAACAUAAAGACAACAAAUAACCCCAUCGAAGCUACGAAAGAGGCACCGACCAAAAAAUAAAGAAAUACAAGUAAAGAAAAAGGAAACGCGUAUCAUGAGGGGGAACAUCAUUUCUACUCAGAGCCAAUCAAAUUCAAGCAAUGAAUGCCACCGGUCCCAUUCAAACGCAAAAUCCAAUACUGAAGUUCUCCAAGUCAAUUAGAUAUCAUUUGGACGGAUUCAGCGAGACUAAAGAUGUCACAGUGCAUUCAAAUAGAAAACUAUUGUGUUGAACAAUAAGGAUUGUCCAUCAGAUAAAAUAGGGUUCGAGUAUUGUGUCUGCUCUUUUCAUUCUAUUUCUAUCUGCAACAUUCAGUUGUUUCACUUCCCAUUCAGUGUCAACAAAGUUUCUAACAUGCAAUAAUUAGUGAUUAGCCAGUUGUGUCAUCCCAAUUAUUUGUGAUUGGCUGGCUGUGUUAUACUGUCAUCAGUGAUUGGAUGGCUGUGACAUUUGAUUAGUCGUGUUUUGCCGGCUGCCUUGAUGAGGUUUGUAACAGUAGUCUACAGAGAGACCAUGUCAGUUGUAGAUCCGCUAAUAAGGACAGUAUCUACAGUGGCCCAAAAACGUGUCAUCACUGUCAAUCAGUCUGGUAGAAGUUGCCCUUGAGCACAGAUCUAACCAUUUAAGACACAACUACCCUCAGGUCAGUGUCUAGUGACAACUUCAUCCUUCUCCCUGACAUCAGCCAAACUGGCCUGUGAAGUUCUAACACUACACCUCUGCUCGGUAAGAAAUGUACACUUGGAGCACACAUGAGAAAUUGCAGAAUGCUCAGGCGAGCUAUGGCUGUGGCCUACGGAGGGACCAGCACUCUUGCCAUCUCCUUACUCCUCGUCGCUAUUUCCUUUAAACUUUCUUAACCUGCUAUUUACUCCAUUGCAUUGAUCCUCAAUUGCCCUUGUCGCCUCAUUCUGAUUCUCUAUUCAUCCUGUUUUGAUCCUUAGAAUAUUGUGUGAGGCACACACACACAGUAUUGACAAUGAUGUACGCCAGUGUGGAAAUCCUUGCUAUAAACAUUGCUUUGGAGACCAGGGUUCACUGUGCCUCAGAGAGAUGGUCACUAAAGCUCACAGAAAUAGAUAUAUGACCUAAACAUUUAUGAUUACAGACCAGUGACAAGGUUUUACUUCAGAGGACGGAUCUCUCUAUCCACACAGUAGGCAGGUUUUCAUUGACCCAGGUGUGUUUGACAAAAGCAAUGUCGCAACAUGUGUAAUGGAAAAGGUAGAUAUAUAUAGGAGACCUUUUCUAAAGAUCAACAACAUUUGUAUCCGUUCGACAGGGGUGGAUUAUUCUUUUGUCGAACAUUAUUGCGACAAAUGACAAUGGAAACUGUGAUUUUCAAAAUAAAUGAUGAUUGCCCAAUA